AUGCGAGUGAUCGUGCCGGCAAAGUUGCGCAACUUGCUGCUGGACGAACUCCACGAAGGGCACCCAGGCAUCGUGCGCAGCAAGCAACUAGCGCGCAGCUACGUGUGGUGGCCGUCCAUCGAGGCGGACCUCGAGCAUCGUGUCAAGGCCUGCUCCGGCCCUGUGUCUUUUAACGUUCGUGCUACCACACCCAGAGGCAGUUUCACCUGGCGUCGUCACAAGGACCAGCUGCUCGUGCGGACCACGGAUCCGGACCGCGAGGCAUCUGACCAAGAGGGGUACGAGUUCCUGGCGUUUCCACCAAGCGUCGACCCAGUUACAUCCUCCGCUCCUACCACCAGUGGUCCUGCCGCUUCGCAAGAGAUCCAGACGGCGGGUGCAAGACGCUACCCGACUAGAGACCGUCGACCACCGGACAGAUAUCAAGCUGGAGUUUAG